AUGGUACGAAUGAAGUCUGUUGCACGACGCAGUUUCGGCCCGGAAUCGACAACGACAUCGAGAAUUUCGUCCGGCGAUGCACUCCCUGCUGCACUGCUGGAAAAGCACCAGUCAAAACAACGCUUGAAUCGUGGCCCAUCCCUGAUAAGCCGUGGUCACGCAUCCAUAUUGGACGGCGUAUUUUUCCUGGUAAUUGUCGACCCGUACACCAAAUGGCCCGAAGUAUACGCAACUAAAACCACAACGACAAGAACAACAAUCAAGCUACUUACUCAAACGUUCGCAACAUUUGGCGUGCCAGAAACCAUCGUCCCAGAUAAUGGUACCCAGUUCACCAGCUACGAGUUCAAGAAUUUCUGUGAGAAUCAAGGCAUUCACCACGUCCGCACAGCACCAUUCCAUCCUCAAUCAAAUGGGUUAGCAGAACGGUUCGUGGACACCUUGAAGCGCACUCUUUGGAAGAUUCGAUCGGGAGGAGACACACUGGAGGAAGCAUUGCAGACGUUUUUGCAAGUUUACAGGUCAACACCAACGGCUGACCUAGGUGAAAAGUCUCCUGCAGAAAUAAUGUUCGGACGACCGGUCCGCACAGUUUCGUCAAUGCUACUACCGCAACACAACCGUACAUCAGCAGCACAACCGAAAGCAGAUGAGCAAAACAAGCGUUUCAACAAGAAGCAUGGAGCGAUUUCGAGGCAGUUCGUUCCGGGUGAUGCUGUAUAUGCUCAAGCCCAUCAAGCAAAUUCCUGGAAAUGGCAGGCUGCCACAGUAAUCGAGCGUGUCGGAAAAGUCAACUACAACGUUUUCCUGGAGGAUAAUCAGCGGCUCAUCCGUUCUCAUGCCAAUCAACUGAAGCAACGUGCGGUCGAAUCUGGUCGUGAUCCUAGUCGGUAUUCUUCGACGGUUUUGGCCUAG